AUGAAACCCGUCAUUGCUGUGCCCGCGACGCUGCUGCUCGUGUACCGGGCCUACUCAAAAAAAUCACUGACGCCUGGCGGUAUCUUGGCCGCGACGCUCACAGCCAUCGCACAUGCUAUUCAUCCGUGGAACCUGCCGUUCGCUCUACUCGUCGUCUUCUUCCUGGCUGGGACACGCGCAACCCAUGUCAAGGAGCACGUCAAGGCCAGCCUCACGUUGAAAUCGGGCGGCUCCUCUGGCGGCGAUGGCCCUCGUACUCACGUACAAGUGCUCGCCAACUCGCUCACUGCAUCCAUCCUAUCAUUGCUCCAUGCUUACCAGCUCCGGUCGCGUGAGGCAGCCCUUCUCGGCUCGCCGGCCGACCACCCAGGCAGCCUCUGUUUUGCAUGGGGCGGCGACCUACUGGUCGUCGGCAUCAUCGCCAACUACGCUUGUGUCGCCGCCGACACGUUGAGCUCCGAGCUGGGCAUUCUCGCCAAGGGCCAACCGCGUCUGAUCACCAGCCUUACGCUGCGCAAGGUGCCACGGGGCACCAACGGCGGCGUUACGCUCACGGGUCUCGCUGCCGGCCUCCUCGGAAGCGUCAUCAUAGUCACGUCCGCCAUGCUAUUGACGCCGUUUUGCACCGCCAAUACCACCGGCAAGCUCGGCGGCGGAGCACCGUGGUCGAGCGAGCAGCGGCGGACGCUGAUUUUAGGCCUGACGCUCUGGGGGCUGUUGGGCAGCGUGGUUGACAGCAUCCUCGGCGGGCUGUUCCAACGCAGCGUAAAGGACGUGCGCAGCGGCAAGAUCGUCGAGGGCGAGGGCGGCGUGCGCGUGCUAGUAUCCGCUGAGCGGGAGCAGGACGUGGCGGCCGGUGUCAAGGCUGCCUUGCUGAAUGGCGAGGGCGAGUUUGCCGUCGAGGAGACGGACCCCACCACCCCGCUAGACAAGUACGACGCCCACAAUAAACAUCGUAAGGCGAGCUUCGGGGAUGAGAAGCCGUCGCGAGUGGUCGAGACUGGGUGGGACUUGUUGGACAACAACGACGUCAACUUCCUGAUGGCAUUCGGCAUGAGCAUCGGCGCCAUGGCCGUGGCCUCGUGGUAUUGGCAGGUCCCACUCUCUUCGGUUUUCCCACCUUGA